CUUGCAAUCUGAAUAUCGAGUUGCGCAUGCACGCGCAAGGUGCUGGUGGGUGGUGGAGCUGUGGCUGUGGGAGCCGAGUUGGUCCUAAUGAUCCUCUCGUGAGAAUUGGGUGCCCUGAUUUUGUGCCUGUGAUAUAUUUAUUUUCACAUUUGGAAAAUCCGUGUUAUGCUGUGUUUGCACCCAAGUUCAGUGAAUAAUUUUAAACCUUCGUGAUACCACGAUUACCUCUUAAAAAUGAAGGCCGGUCUCAACGCUUACGUGGAUAUGUUGCACGAGAAGAUAAACGAAGAUAUUUAAGUUGUAUAAUAAUAGUAUUUCGGUUGUGAUUAUGAUUAAUACAUGUCAUUUUAAUAAUAGCCUACAAUAUGCUACGUGUUUUGUAUCGUAUUAUUUGGACUUUCAUUUACCUUCUUUGCUCUUUUGUGGAUUUUGUGAAAAGUAUGACAGUGUCAUUACAUAAAAAAUACACAAAUUAUUAUAAAACUUUACGUUUGGAAGAUGAAUUAAAAUUGAUUACACAGGCAGUUAAACAUAUGGAUAAAACACCAUCACACAUAGUUUUUGUGAUUGGAAAUGAAAAUAUAUCCUUCAGAGAUUUAGGGAAUGUUAUUGUAUGGUGUAUUGCAGCGGGUGUAUCAUUCAUCAGUUUCUAUGAUUUCGAAGGUGAAUUAAAGAAAGAAGAGGCUCAUUUUCGUAGCAUUGUUUCAGAAGUACAUAAAAAGUAUUCUGGAUACAUAGUAUGGGGAAAUAAAUAUCCUGCAAAUGGCGUUCAAAAUAUUAAUGGGACAAAAAAUGGGAUGGAUUUUCUCCGAAAAGUAAAAGUCAAAAUGUUUUCUUUGACUGAUGGAAAGGAAAAUAUUGUAAAAGUGACUCAUGAAUUGUGCAAGUCUGUGAAAGAAAAUAUAUUGAAUGUGUCAGAUAUUAAUCAAGAUGUUAUAGACAGAAUGAUAGGAGUUCAUUCUGGUGUACCUGACCCAGAUCUAGCUGUGUUAUGCGGUUCCUUAUGCUGUACAUAUGGCCUUUUGCCCUGGCAAAUAAGAGUUACAGAGUUUGUGCAGGUUCAUUCACAUCACAAUUUGUCUUUUGAAGACUUCCUUAGUGUUCUGUAUAAAUAUAAUAAAUGCGAGCAAAGAUUUGGGAAAUGAUAGUUUGUAUAAAAAGUGUGUAGGGUUUUGGGGAUACAAAUUUCAAUAGAUUCAUUUAUAUGCAUUUAUUGGCAAAAGGAAAGCUCAGAGUUAAACAUUUUUGUUCAAUAGUGAAUUUGAGAAUUGUAAUUGUGUCUUAUAAUUGCAGCAUGUUUGUGAACACUUGCAUUAAUUGAUAACUUCUAAACUCCCCCAUUGUACAGAUGUUUUGUAAAUGAAUAAUGGUUAUCAUAGCAUCUUUAGAUGUGUACUUCAAAAAUAUUGUGGAAAUGGCAUUUAUUCUUCUAGUGCAGCAAGAGUUUGUGUACAUACUAGUAUUCCUGAUAUCUUGCCUAAGAAUCAAUUUGUUAUUCAUACAUUCCUUUUGUGAGAGACUGAACGAGUACUUCUGAGUUCAAGUAGAAAAGUGUGUACGAGACUUCAUUGACUUUAUGAAUGGAAAAACUGACCAACAUUUGAAGGUUAUGUAAAUACUUGUUCAGCUUAGUAAUUUGCAACUCAGUGUACCUAAUUGGAAUGAGAAAUGAUUUUGGAUAUCUAUGGAAUUUACCUCGGUUUGUUGAUACAUUUUGUUGGAAAUUAAAUUUUUUAAAAGAUGUUUUUAUCUUCAUUUUUUGUUCAUCUUUUCUCAUGUUGUCUAACAAGUGUUCCUGUACCUAUAACAAGAUAAAUAUUUUUAAUAAUCUCUAGUUUCUACCCCCAAAAAUAACACAUUCAUUUAAAAUAAACUUCGUUUUCAUGGUGUAGUCAAGAAAUAAAGCACAUAUUCUUUCAUUAGUACUUACAACAAGAUUCUAUAAUACACACCUUGCUGUUGCCGAGAGUUACUCAAAAACUGUGAUAGUGUGUUUUUUCAAGAGUUAUUUUAUGAUCUUUCUAUAUUUCAUUCAACAGGGUAUAUAACUGGAUAUUUGUAAUUUGGAAGUGUGGCUACUGCCCUAGAAAAGUACAUUACUUUGG